UAAAUUUUAAACAAUUUUAAUCUAAUUAAUGAAUAACAAUCAUAAAAACUAACUAAGAUGCCCGUCAAACUUGUUCGUACUGAUAUUGAUACCCUAAAAAAGAUUACACUACCUCCUGGAAGUCAUAUUAUAGGAAGAGGAGAACUUUUAGAAGUGUUUGAUAAGCGGGUGUCCAGAAAGCAUGCAAAGAUUGAAGUGAAAAAUGAUUCUAUUGUUGUUAACGCUCUCCACCACAAUCCUGUAUUCUAUACCAAAAGAGGUUCCAGUAAAUCGGAAGCAUUGACUUUAGAUUCCAUGGUAGUGUUGUCUAAUGGUGACAAAAUUGGACUGUUACCUAGGACAUACUGGUUUGAAAUAAUUGUUGUUGAUGAAAAAAAUUCUUCAGAACAAACAAACAAUAAUAUUGAAGUAAAUAAAAAUGAAGACUUAACAAAAACAUCUGAAGAAACAUCAAGUAUGAUACCAUCUCAUGAUAACAACAUUCAGGAAGCUGAAAGAUUACAAGAACCAAAUACUGAACAAUUAGAUAACACACAAGAACCUGUCUUGACCACAUCCCCAACAAAACGAAGACGAAGUGCCUCAGAGGAUACUUUAAAUUUUGAUUCAGAAAGUCAAAGCAGUGAGUCUGAUCCUGCAAAGAAGAUCAAAUUGGAGCCACCAGACAGCAGUAAUGGAAAUUCUCAGCAGGGUUUAAGUGAUGCUAACAUGGCUUCCAGUUCAAGUGUUCAUCAAGGCAAUCCCUCAUGUGCUAGAGAAAGGUGUUACUAUGGGUCAAGAUGUUACAGACGCAACCCAGUUCACUUGGUACAAUACAGUCACCCAAGAGAUUCUGAUUGGGGAACAAGUGAUAAGGGUGUAUGCCCUUAUGGGGCGUACUGCACAAAGAAUGAUCCUAGGCAUUGGGAUACCCAUACUCAUCCACCAGCGACCACACGGCUGCCACAGCUACAAGGUAAACCUAAGACCAAAAAGAAAAAAAAACAUAUAGAAGAUACAACUGAUGAAUCUGAUCAAGAUUUUAAUGGAUUAAAUAUAAGAGCUUGUCGUAGAAACAGAGGAGGUAGCGUAUCUGAUGCAUAUGGAUCAGAUUUUGAUCUUGAUUACGCAGAGUCUGAGCCAGACCCCUAUGGGUCAGAUGAAUCAGAUGAAUGGAAUCCACUACAUGGUAAAUAAAGGUGAUAAUAAUGUUUUAUCUUUAAUAGUAAUUUAAAUAAAAAACCAGAUUUCUUUUGCCUUGUCAUCAUUUUUACCGUCACAACUUUUGUGACAAAUGUAUCAUAUGUAGACAUUACUCUUUAAGAUUGGAAUUAGUAUAAUAGCAACGAAAAUACUACAACUAAAUCAUGAUAUGUAUGUACUUAUUCUUGAUAUAAUGUUCUGUUAAGUGAUCACUCAAGAUUUAAGUUUUAUAAUUAGUUCUUUAAAAUAAUAAAUUGUUAUAACAAAU